ACAACAUUUAUGAACAGUUUUUUCAUACAUUUUUUCCAUUGCAUUGCAAUACAGUAUUGAAUACUAAUUUAUAUUUAUUUUUUUAAAACACAAUUAAUUAAAAUCACAUUUAAAUAAAUAAACUAUUUUUUAAAAAAUUAUUUAUUGAAAACUAAUUUUCGGUUAAUAGACACAAAUGGCCGCAAAUUUAUCGCCAAACGACUCGGUUUUGUUGAUCACCGACAGUGACCAUACAAUUGACAAAACAUUUGUCGACAACAUUGUCAACAAAGUGGGCGAAAGUCAUGUAACGCAUCAACAGUUGAAUAAUCUGUCGUCGAUUGUCACCCAACACGACCUGAUCAUCAGUUCUGUCCAACAACUGGAUGACCAACAUCUGAAUCGAUUGUUGUCUUCGUUGAAACCGAAGGGACGACUUAUUAUAAAGAAGUCGAAAGACUGUACAACUGGUUCUUUGGUGACAUCACUUAAAUUGAAUGGUUUCGUGAAUCUCAUUGAAACUAAUGAUGACAUAACUGUCUCUAAACCCGAAUAUGAAGUCGGAUCGAGUGUUAAAUUGAAUUUUGGUGACAACAAGUCGUCGUCUACUUCUAAGAUCUGGUCAUUGGCUGCAAUGGAAAUUAUUGACGAUUCGGUUGAUUUGAUUGAUGAUAACGAACUAUUGACUGAAGAAGACAAGACUCUACCCGAUCCACAGUCACUCAAAGUGUGCGCCACAACUAAACAACGCAAAGCCUGUGCCAACUGUUCGUGUGGUUUGGCUGAAGAACUCGAGUCGGAGGCCUUACAGAAGAUUAAAGAGAAUUCGCAAAAUGCAAAGUCUUCGUGUGGCAAUUGCUAUUUAGGCGAUGCCUUCCGGUGCGCCAAAUGUCCAUAUCUAGGAAUGCCUGCUUUCAAAGCGGGAGAGAAAGUAGUUUUGGACAAUUCGAGUGAUCUCUAACUCAUGAGUUCCAAAAAAUAUGUGACAUGACUUCCAAAUGAGUUCAAUAUUAAGAGUCCAAAUGAAUUAGUGUUUUAGUUUAUUUUUGUUUAUUACCUUAAAUUUAAUUAAACAAAAAAAAUUAUUAUUAAAACAAUUAUUAUAAAAUAAU